GUAGGAGGUUCGGUUCGGUUCGGUUGGAAAGCCAAAAGGUUCUGGUCGGUCCGGUGACUCUGCGUGCCGCCCGGAUCCAGGACGGCCAUGUUGGACAACGUCCCCGUAGUGUCGUCGGCGGAGCGCCAGCAGGUUCUGGCUGCUCUGGACCGGCUCCAGAACCGGCUGGUCCAGAGGGAGGAGUGGAGCCUGAGCGCCGCCCUGGGCAGCCUGAAGGGGGCGCUGCAGAGCCCGCUGUUCGGCCGCGUCCUGACGCUGCAGCACUCCGUUCGCCAGCUGCAGCAGCAGAUCGACAGCUUGCCUCCUGACGCUCGCAGUGACUUCAGUUUCUCCAGACGCGGUCAGCUGAUUAUGAGCUCCGCCCCCUCCUCCGUCCUGACCAAUGGCUCGUCGCCUCUCUCCCUUCAGGCUCCGCCCCCGACGGAGCGCCUGCAGCAGUGGAUCCAGGAGGCUGCGAAGGGCCGCCGGAUCGAGCCGAUCGUUCUGACCCGGCCCGCUUCAGGGGGCCUGGGGUUCAGCGUGGUCGGGCUGAACCCGGCAGGAAGCGGCGGCCACGGCGUGUUCGUCAAACACAUCCAGCCGGGAGGAAUCGCCGACCGGGACGGGCGUCUUCAGGAGCAGGACCAGAUCCUGGUGAUCAACGGCAGUCGUCUGGAACCGGGCCGGAACCACCAGGCGGUCCUGAGCUUGCUGCAGCAGCCAGGCGAGACCGUGGAGCUAGUGGUGGCCCGGGACCGGGUCGCACCAGGAGUUCCAGCUGAAGGGCCGGUCGGCACGGACCUCUGGGGUCAUGUGGAGGAGAUCCAGCUCUCCAAUGAUGGAUCCGGUUUGGGCUUUGGGAUUGUUGGCGGGAAGACGAGCGGAGUGGUCGUCCGAACUCUGAUCCCCGACAGCGUAGCCGACAGGGACGGGCGCCUCCGCACAGGUGACCACAUCCUCCGCAUCGGGUCGACGCCCACCAACGGCCUCACCAGCGACCAGGUCGUCAAGGUUCUGCAAGCCUGCGGCGGUCAUGUGACCAUGCUGAUCGCCAGGGACCCCCGAGGACAGGCGACCGCCGCCCCGGCUGCGCCUCCUGACUCCGCCCCCUUCGUUAAUGUACCUCCUCCACUUCCUGACUCCGCCCCCGUUACGUCCUUACCUCCAGGUUCUCCUGUACUCCCGCCGCAGCGCCGGCCCAGCAAGACGCCCAACCUGGAGGGAUACGAGAUUCAUGAAGUUCCUCUCACCAAGAAGAACGGCCAGAGCCUCGGCAUCUCCAUCAUCGGCUUCAAUCCAAUGACCAGCCAAGAUGCAGUGGGUGUGUUUGUGAAACACGUGGUUCCUGGCAGCGCCGCGGACCAGAGCGGAAACAUCCGGGUCCAUGACCGCCUCCUGGCUCUGGACAACGUCAGUCUCCAUGGAAUGACCAACCAGGAGGUUCUGGAGGUGAUGAAGCAGACGGGUCAGACUGUGGUUCUGACUCUGGUCCGGAAGAAAGCCCAAGGCCCGGAAAGAUCCCUGGAUAAUGUGGAGCGGGCCUCGACCAGGGGGUCUCAGAGGAGGAACCUGGAGGUCAAAGGUCGUUUGUCAGCAUCUGGAUCCAUCGUGAUGAUGAAACAGGAAGUGACAUAUCCCAACGUGGCCCAACUGAACAGAGCGUCUGAUGCAGAACUACGGGCCAAGUGGGAGGCGGCUCUGGGACCUCAGUACCUCGUCCUGGUGGUGAACCUGGAUCCCGUGAUCCAAGACGAUGCAGAGCUGCAGAAAUCCUCCAAGCUGCUGCCCAUUCACAUCCUGCGUCUGGGCGUGGAGCUGGACUCCUUCGACGGCCACCACUACGUCUCCUCUGUGGCCCCUGGGGGCCCCGUGGACAGACACGGCGUGCUGAGGCCUGAGGAUGAACUGCUGGAGGUCAACGGCGUCCAGCUGUACGGGAAGUCCCGGCGGGAAGCCGUGUCCUUCCUCAAAGAGGUUCCCCCUCCGUUCACUCUGGUUUGCUGCCGACUCCUGAUCCCAGACCAGGAACCGGAACCAGAACCAGAACCAGAACCGUCCGUUCCACCACAACCAGCAGCAGAACAUCGGAGCAUCGAAGAGAUGGAGAUGAAGCUGUCGUCGAUGCUGCGCAGAGAGGAAGAGGAGGAAGAGGAGGAGCAGCAGCAGGGUUCUCCUGUGGAGGAGCUGACGAGGAGCGAGGACUCCAGCCUGGAGGAAGAGGAGGAGGAUGAAGGCGAGCUGGCCCUGUGGGGUCCGGAGGUCAGCGAGGUGGAGCUGCAGAAGGAGACGGACCGAGGCCUGGGCUUCAGCCUGCUGGACUACCAGGACCCGUUGGAUCCUGGUCGCUGUGUGAUGGUGAUCCGCUCUCUGGUUCCUGGUGGGUCCGCGGAGCGUCAUGGAGGUCUGCUUCCUGGAGACCAGCUGGUAUCAGUUAAUCACACCCAGUUGGACCUUCUCACCCUGACCGAGGCAGUGGAGGUGCUGAAGUCGGUACCACCUGGUACCGUCCGCCUGGGAAUCUGCAAACCCCUGGUGGAAGCAGCCGAUCCCAGCAGAGAGAACAUGAUCCAAGAUUCUGCUGGAGGCGACCAGCUUCCAGAGGGUCCCAGUGAAAACUCGGAGCUUCCAGAUGAUUCCUGUCAGGAGGAACCGGAGCUGAUCCUGGACGGAGGUCUGCCUCGCUACACCUCCUCUCUGACCUCUGACCUCCUGCCAGCGGAGGAGGGCCUGGAGAUGGCUGUGGAUGAAGAGGAGGAUGAAGAGGAGAGGAGCUCGCUGCCCAGGAAGCCUCCUCCAUCCUGGGAGGACUGGACGCUGUGGUCUGCUGGCCGAGCAGGAGGUCCACAGGAGCUGCAGGUGAGGAGAGACUCUCAGGAUGACGAAGAGCUGCAGAAGUCCGACCUGGAGAGCAUCUCAUCUGUUGGGAAACUGAUCCUGGGUCUGCCCGACUCCAGGGACGGCGAGGCCGAGUCCGAUCUCACUCUGACUGACACCGACACCGAGUCCGUCAGGAUGGUCGCCGCCGGCAGCAGGAAGAGGCGGAGCCAAGGCCGCAGAAACCUGCCGGAGAGGGAGGAGGGGGAGGGGGAGGAGACGCCUGCCUUCAGCCACUGGGGGGCGCCACGCAGAGUGGAGGUGUGGCCUGAGGACGGCCAGUCUCUGGGCCUCAGCAUCGUGGGCGGGCGCCACGUCAUCAAGCGUCUGAAGAACGGCGAGGAGCUGAAGGGAAUCUUCAUCAAGCAGGUUCUGGCUGGCAGCCCGGCCGCCCGGACCCGCUGCCUGAAGACCGGAGACAAGAUCCUGGAGGUGUCCGGUGUGGACCUGCAAGCGGCGAGUCAUGAGGAGGCGGUGAGCGUCAUCAAGUCCGCUCCGAGUCCGGUCGUCUUCAUCGUCCAGAGCCUGUCGGCGACGCCGCGGCCGGUGUCGCUAACAGCUUCCAGCUACAGCAAACACAAAGCCAAGCGGACCGAUCCUCUGGUACCUGAGGCAGCCCUGCCCCCCCUCAGAGAGCCCCCACCCUACAGACCUCCCAGCCAAUCAGAGCAGGAGCUGACUGCUCACCUGCAGAAGGUCAAAGAGCGCUGCUGUGAGCGUUAUGGCGACCUGCAGGGGGAGCUGCUGUGUGUGGACCUGGAGAAGGACCGGCAGGGUUUGGGUCUCAGCCUGGCGGGAAACCGGAACCGGUCCAGGCUCAGUAUCUUCGUGGUGGGUCUCCAUCCCGGUGGGCCGGCCUCCAGAGACGGACGGAUCCGUGUGGGAGACGAGCUGCUGGAGAUCAACAACCAGAUCCUGUAUGGGCGGAGCCACCAGAACGCGUCGGCCAUCAUUAAGACCGCCGCCGCCAAGGUGAAGCUCAUCCUGCUCAGAAACAACGACGCUGUAAACCAGAUGGCCGUUUCUCCUUUAACGGCUCCUGCUGCUGCUCCUCCUGCUGCUCCUCCUGCUGCUCCUCCUCCUGCUGCUCCUCCCACCCCGGUUGGCUUGGAGGUCGGAGGCUCCGCCCCCCCUGAGCGGCUCUGCCCCUCACCGGACCUGCCGGUCAGAACCGACCCAUGUUCUGCUGAACAGGACCAGAACCCGACCAGCGGGUUUGUUCGGAGCGACGACGCCCCCGAGAGGCCAGAGGUGGAGACGCAGAGGACGGUCCAGAGAAGCUCCGCCUCCUUCGGCCGCUCCCAGAGGCUCAGCGACGCCGCAGACAGCGAUCCCCAGGCUGCCAGGGCGCCGCUGGAGCUCCAGUCCAGGAGCUCCAGCCGACAGACGGCAGCUUCUCCUCCUCUGGUCGGCGCCGAGGUCCAGUCUGCUAGUCGAGGUACCGCCCACGAUUCUGGGCCACCCUCGUCGGACCCGUCUGGCUGCGCCGUGGUUCCGGGUCAGGAAACGGUUCUGGAGAUCUGCAAGGGUCGGUCCGGACUUGGGCUCAGCAUCGUGGGAGGAACCGACACCCAGCUGAACGCCAUCGUGAUCCAUGAGGUGUACGAGGAAGGAGCGGCGGCCCGGGACGGACGGCUCUGGGCCGGAGACCAGAUCCUGGAGGUGAACGGCGUGGAUCUGCGCGGGGCGUCCCAUGAGGAGGCCAUCGCCGCCCUGCGUCAGACGCCGGCGAAGGUCCGGCUGACGGUUCUGAGGGACGAAACCCGGUUCCGGGACGAGGAGAACCUGGACCGGUUCCGGGUGGAGCUGCAGAAGAAGAGCGGCAGAGGACUGGGCUUCAGCAUCGUCGGCAAGAGGAGCGGCAGCGGCGUGUUCAUCUCGGAGGUGGUCAGAGGGGGCGCCGCUGAGCUGGAUGGACGGCUGAUGCAGGGAGACCAGAUCCUGUCGGUGGACGGAGAGGACACGAGACGCGUGUCCCAGGAGGGCGUGGCCGCCAUGCUGAAGUGUGCCCGUGGACCCGUCCAGCUGGAGCUCGGCCGCCUGAAAGCCGCUUCCUGGAUGUGCUCCAGACUGACCACCGGGGGGAGCCAGAUGAGCGACAUCAGCAGCUCAGGUGUUGAGGCUCCGCCCCCCCCACCUGCCUCACCUGACCCCCCGAUGACACCUGAGGAAAUCAGCGCCAAGACCAGCAGUGACAUCACUUCCUGCUCCGAGAGCAGCUCAGGCGUCCGGACGGUGCAGAUCACCAGGGGCAGCGGCGACUCCCUGGGGGUGAGCGUGGCGGGGGGGCAGGGCAGCCCGCUGGGGGACGUCCCCGUCUUCAUCGCCAUGAUCCGGGCCAACGGCGUCGCCGCCAAGACGCACCGGCUGAAGGUGGGGGACCGGAUCGUCAGCGUGGGGGGACAGCCGGUGGACGGACUGUCCCACAGCGAGGUGGUGGCCAUGCUGAAGAACAGCUACGGGAACAUCAACCUGCAGGUGGUGGCCGACACCAACAUCAGCGCCAUCGCUACUCAGGUGGAGAGUCUGAGCGGCAGCUGCAGUCUGACGGCGAGCAGCGACACACACACACCGUCUGAGUCAGAGGGUCCUCGGUCCCGCAGCAUCACUCUGGAGAAAGGCUGUGAGGGUUUGGGCUUCAGCAUCGUCGGCGGUUUCGGCAGUCCGCACGGAGACCUUCCCAUCUACGUGAAGACCGUCUUCAGUAAGGGCGCGGCGGCGGUGGACGGGCGUCUGAAGCGUGGCGAUCAGAUUCUGUCGGUGAACGGCGAGAGUCUGCAGGCGGUGACCCAUGAGCAAGCAGUGACCAUCCUGAAGAAGCAGAGGGGGACGGUCACCCUGGAUGUCCUGUCCUGACCUGGACGUCCUGUCCUGGACGUCCCGACCUGGACGUCCCGUCCUGGACGUCCCCGUGUCUCCGCCGUCAUUCGGGUCAACGGCCGCUCUGCUUCGUCUCCACUUCCUGCUCCGCCCGCCAGGCGCCUCCCCAGUUCUGCUCACCUUCCUCUGCAGCUUCUCAGUGGAACAACUUCCUGUCGGGUUCUGGAACCGGAGCGCUGCCUGGCGCCGCCUGGACCGGCCCACAGUGAACGGCAGCAGGAGCUGCGGUCUGCCACCUGGUGGUCAGAGUGGGGACUGCAGUCUGUCCUCCUGCAGGUUCGCUUCGUUUCCAUCGGAUCGGACUCGGCUCACCCGGUCCGAUCAUCAGAACGGACCAACCAUGUCUCCGUGGUGACGCCUCUCAUUCCUCGGGUCGAACCUUUCUCCUGAGGUUCUGGUUCUGUCCGGAUCAUUCCCGGCAUGUUUCAGACUUCCCCAGUGUUCCCAGUGUUCCCAGUGUUGAUGCAUGCAGCAGCGUGACGCUAGCACCACAGCUUAGCACGGAGCCGUCUGAUUGGUCGGCAACCAUGAUGUCACACCAGGUCGCAGAAAAGCCUCAAAAGUUCUGGAAAGCCAAGAAGAGGUUGUUUUGGGUUCCGGUUCUGGUUCCUGUCCCGGUUCUGGUUCUGCGGGUUCGGCUGGCUUCCUGCCGUCAGGCGACCCAAACGUUUCGGUUCUGGUUCUGUUCCGGGUCCAAAGUGCCGUUCAUCAAUUCAUUACUUUAUUUCAUGCAGUCGAUGCAUUUCUAUGAUUCCUCUGAGCGUUGUUGUUUGUCCGUCUCCAUGGAGACGGCUCUCAGGAUGUUGUUGGCAUGGUGCCCGUUGCCUUGACAACAGAUGCAGUGUCUUCCACGUCCAUAUUAAAGCUGCAGGCUGACGUUCCUCAUGAUCCCAAAAUAAACUUCCAAACCCAGAAAAGCUGAUCUGGAGAAACUCGGCUGCUCAAAACUCCCUGAAGGUUUUCCUUCCUGGAUGUCAAACUUCCCAGUUUUCCGGUAAACAUUCAGGCGUAGCUGGAACAUUCCCGGCCGUUUUCCCUGCUGAGCAGAGAUGGGAUGGUGGCCAAACGUUCCAGAGCAGCUUGAAGUUUUCCUCUGAGAAACUGAAUCUCCUGAUCCGCCUGCAGCCUUUACUUCAUUCUGCUGAACUUUUCCUCGUCUUGCUCCUGGUAAAAUCAUCGCCACAUUUUCCACCUUCAGAAACGUUUUUAUCUUCACUUUGGUGUCAUGACUGCAGCUAAAUUAACUUCUGUCAGCUGCUUUAAAACCUGGGUGUUUGUGCAACUGAGCUGUGCUAACGUGUUAGCUUUGUCCGUAAUAAACAAAACUAAGCUAAGGCAGACUUUUACAAGAUGUUGUUAGCUCAGUUAGCUUGGCUAGCUCUGUUAGCGCUUGGUUGUACAAAUAUGCUCAAUUUUAUAGCUUAGCAUAAUUUCAUCUCCACUCAAACUCAAUCUGUGACGUAAAGGUUUCUAAUUUAAUGUUCACAAAACAUUUAAAGAGCAACUUUUCAUAUUUCACAAGAUUAGCUUCGUAGCUAAACUCUUUUACAUUUUACUGUUAAUCAGUCAGAAACACUGAAAUUGUAAUUAUGAAUAUAGAAUUGCUUAGGAAGAUUUAUUAAGAUGUUUAUAAUUCUUUAGAAGCUAAAGCUAACUUGUUGUUAGCAUAACAGUACAGAGCUAAAGGGAAAACAGUCUGCAGAAAUUUACAUAUCAAGUCAUGUGCACAAAUAUUCUGUCUUAAUUUAUUUGUCGUUUCCACUGGAAAUAAUCAGAUUUCUGUGUUUUUGUUGCAACUUUGUGCCGCAUCCCAUCAGAACCUGAAACGGGUCCGUUUUAGUUUCAUGUCACGUUGUCAAAUGAUUCUGGAAAAUGUUUUUGAUUUAUGGUGAGAUUUAAAUGAUGAUUAGUUGAAAAAUGAAUAAAGAUGAAUAAAGUGAGAUUUCUCUGUUUAUCGGGAACAAACGAACUUUAAACUGUUUCAAUUUGCAUUAAAUUAAUUCUGUCAUUUGAUUAAAUAUUAAACUUUCUGUUGAAACUAA